CAACAGUGAGCUGAGCUCUGCUGCGUCCACCACACCUGAUAGCUGCUCAGCGGUGACCAUGCACAUCAGCAUCCCUGUCACAGAAGAGCUUGUGGACAACCUGGGUGGACGUUAUGUGCUAUAUUCUGUGUACCUGGAGGGCUUUAUCCUUUUCAAAGUGCGAUACAAGGAUCUCCAUUUCUGGGAUGAAAAGAUGCGUGAUAUAUUUGGAAAUAGGCUCCCGACAUUUCCACCAAAAUAUUAUCUAGCGAUGACUAAAUCUAUGGCUGUACAAAGGAGAAUAAUGCUGGAGAGCUACUUGCAGGAAGUUGUUUUAGAUCCUGUUGUUUCUAACAGUGAUAUCUUCAUCACAUGUUUCAAGAAAUUACAGUUGGAAACAUUUAAGAUGCCAGCUAUAAAAGUGAUCCUCAAAGUUUACUUGCCAGAUGGCAGACAGGUUAAAGUCGACUCGAAGACUUCCGACACUGCGGAGAGAGUGCAAGAGGUUGCCUUGCUUACAUUAAAUGUAUCCAGAGAACUUAUGGAAUAUUUCAGCUUGUUCAUUACACAUAAAGAUGCUGAAGGCGUUUUCUCAGGUAGGUUCUUGGUGGUGAAGCUGGUUGCACCUUUUGAAAUCCCAUUUAUAACCAUUUGGAACAUAAAUAAUGAUUCGUUUAAAAUUUACAUCAGGAAGUGGUAUAUGACCCCCUCUACUGAUGCUAUGCUAAUGGGCUGUCCGGCCGCUGUUGAUUUACUCUAUGCCCAGGCGGUUCAGGAGUUGGAGAUGAACUGGUCCAGGCCGACAGAACAACAGUCAAACCUGCUUAAGCAGUUAAUAAAAACGGAUAAUAAAGUCAAGUUUUUGGAGUUGAUGCAACAAGUGGAGCACUACAGUUACCAGAAGUUGGACCCCGCUGCCACAGAUAAUCUAGACGCCAACACUAUGGUCACCGUGUCUGUGGGAAAUAAUGAACUAUAUUGCAGCUUUCAGACAUCUAACCAGAAGACUGAAAUAAUUAGUCUCCAUAUUGGCAAAAUCACUGGCUGGCACGUCAUGCUCCAUCAACUGGAAAAGACUAUUGACCAACAGAUGUUCAAAUUUGGGUACAUGAAUGGAGAAGUCCUGAAAUGGAUUACAAUAUGGACAAACCAGGCGUUCCUCCUAAGCACUUUGUUGAAAAAGAUGUUAAGUGAAGAACCAGUGACUUGUACCAAGGAGAACUUAGAGAUUGAUAGCAGGACCUCUGCAAACAUUUACACCAGAAAGCAAAAAAAGUCAGAUGUCCUUAAGAAAAAGGAUUCCUCUGUUUCCUACAUAAAAUGUGAUUCCUCGGAUCUGGCUGACUGCAAUCUGUAGCUUUUCUCCAUCCUUGACGUAAAGGAAUAUGAAGUCUACACUUCGCCCAGCAAUGUCAUUGUCAUCGUGCACACUCUGUACAGAGGGGGACAUUAUUUUGCAGCAGCACUGACCUGUAGAUGCAUCCAGAGGGAUCAACGUAAUGGACGGGAUUGGUCAGUGGCUAUCUCUACAAGACAUUUGGAUUAGCCUUCUGCUUGAAGUAAAGGCCCCCAUACCCAUUAGUGUAGUGUCAUCUGAACUAGCUGAGAACAGUGGGUGGGGGGCUCCCGACUCUCCCUCAACAGUUGAUCUCGGGGGAGAGAAGGAUCAGGUGAAAUGAAGACUUUCGCCUGAUCCUUUUCUUCUCCAGAGAGAUGGUGUCUGACAGCAGCUUACUCCCCUUUGCCCACUGAAUACACACAAAUCUUUGGCCAAGGAGAAACAUGUAUGGGGGAGUGGGGAGAACAAAAGAAUGGGCAUAUUGAAAUCCAUCUGCCUAAUCCUUCUCAGCAUCUGACACUGGAGAGUUGGGAGGCCCACCUAUACACCUCAGACGGCACUUAUCUAAUAUGAAUUGCUAGAUUAAGUUUUAACUUUAGUCUUCCUUGCAAGCCAUUCCUUUUUUAUUCACACUCACUGUCAGGGUAUGUUGAGAGUUGUAGUUACUAAACAGCUGGAAGGUCAUUAUUUGGCGAGCAGUGAUGUAGACCAUCAUACCAUUAGAAAAGGUGCAUCUUCAGCUGCAGAAAACCUAAUAGUUCCAUUAUUUCUGGGGGUUCUGUUUUUUUAUUUUUGUAUUUUUUGCACUUUUUUUCAAGUAAAACUAGUUUAAAGCGCUUGCGCCAAAUAUGAAAGUUAUCCCUUAUCCAGAGGAUAGGGAAUGACUAACUAUUUGGUGGGGGUCCACCCUCUGGGUCUUCUACUGAUUACAAGAAUGGGGGGGGGGUCCCAUGUUUCCAUUCUGAUGGAAGGGCAGGUACCAUUCGUUCUCUGAGACUGCUGGAGACAGCAGCACACGGCACUUGCCUAUUUCCGCCAGUUCCAUAGAGAACGACUGUAGCGGCAGGGCGCAUGCUUGGCCUGUCCCUCCAUCGAGAUGGGAACAUAGGAUCGGUGGGGGUCCUGUGCAUAGGAUUUAAUUUCAUACCUGGCACAACCCCCUU